UCCAGAUCCGUGACGCCAAGAUUUGCUCCACUUCCCAUUCUCGCUCGUCGAUGGGGUUGAAUAUCACUGAUCUUGGAGCAUUUUUCGACCCACGCGUGGAUGAAGGGGCCGUCAGGCGGCGCGGCUCGUCAAGAGCGAACCGAAAUUGCGGUGCGUCGAGCUCAUUUGGUCCCCAACGCGUGAGUCUCGACAGUAAGGAUGGCAUGCCCAAAAAUAUCUUGACUGCCGUAAGACUUUGCCGACUGCGCGGACGCUGA